CCUCCCCCGCCCCCCCCGUAGCGGGGGAGAUGCCCCUGUGCCCCUCGCUCGUUCCGGGUGGUUCCAGCCGAGCGGCUCCGCGCACAUCCACAGUCACAUCCAGCCCCCGCUCCCCUCCCGGCCGGAGACCUGUCCGGGCAUCGCCUGUGUCAGCCCUCCCUGCAGACACUCCUCCUCGCCGUCACCCAUUGUCCACAAGGAGAUGGUACCUUCAGAUCCACACGCUGUGGAGAGCAGAAAGUCCUGGAGGGGAUUUGGGAGCGAAGAAGAAGAAAAAGAAGCAGAAGAGAAAAAAGGAGAAACCAAAUUCUGGAGGCACCAAAUCAGAUUCUGCAUCUGACUCCCAGGAGAUUAAAAUUCAACAGCCUUCAAAAAAUCCAGCCAUUCCAAUGCAGAAGCUUCAAGACAUCCAGAGAGCAAUGGAGCUGCUCUCUGCAUGCCAAGGCCCAGCAAAGAAUAUUGAUGAGGCUACCAAACGUAAAUACCAGUUUUGGGAUACACAACCUGUACCUAAACUCAAUGAAGUUAUAACUUCACAUGGUGCAAUUGAACCAGAUAAGGACAAUGUCCGCCUAGAGCCAUAUUCUUUGCCACAAGGUUUUAUGUGGGACACAUUGGAUCUUAGCAAUGCUGAAGUUCUGAAGGAGUUAUACACACUGUUAAAUGAGAACUACGUAGAAGAUGAUGAUAAUAUGUUUAGGUUUGAUUAUUCACCUGAAUUUCUUCUGUGGGCGUUACGUCCUCCAGGCUGGUUACCCCAGUGGCACUGUGGGGUUAGAGUGUCUUCAAACAAAAAACUGGUAGGAUUCAUAAGUGCCAUCCCUGCAAGUAUUCGUAUAUAUGACAGUGUGAAGAAAAUGGUAGAAAUCAAUUUUCUGUGUGUCCAUAAGAAACUGAGAUCUAAACGGGUAGCACCUGUACUAAUUCGGGAAAUAACCAGAAGAGUAAACCUGGAAGGAAUUUUUCAAGCUGUUUACACUGCUGGAGUGGUACUUCCCAAACCUGUGGCCACUUGCAGGUAUUGGCAUCGAUCACUAAAUCCCAGAAAAUUGGUGGAGGUGAAAUUUUCACAUUUGAGUAGAAACAUGACUCUACAAAGAACAAUGAAGCUCUACAGACUUCCUGAUGCCACAAAGACUUCAGGUUUGAGACCAAUGGAACAAAAAGAUACUAAAGCAGUACAAGAAUUAAUCAACACUUACUUGAAACAGUUUAAUCUUGCUCCUGUGAUGGAUGAAGAAGAGGUAGCCCACUGGUUCCUGCCUCGGGAUCAUAUUAUUGACACUUACGUGGUGGAGGGCUCAAAUGGUAUUUUAACAGACUUCCUGAGCUUCUACACAUUACCUUCAACAGUGAUGCAUCAUCCUGUUCAUAAAAGCCUCAAAGCUGCCUAUUCCUUUUACAAUAUUCAUACAGAGACUCCCCUGUUGGACUUAAUGAAUGAUGCACUCAUUAUAGCCAAAUUGAAAGGAUUUGAUGUAUUCAAUGCACUAGACUUAAUGGAAAACAAAACAUUCCUGGAAAAACUCAAGUUCGGGAUUGGAGAUGGAAAUUUGCAGUAUUAUUUGUACAACUGGAGGUGUCCGGGCAUGGAAUCUGAAAAGGUUGGUCUUGUAUUACAAUGAGGACACUCACAUUUCUAGAACUCUGAGGUCAUCGUUUUGAGUUAAUUUGAUCUCCAUAACUCUUGGAAUGGUAUUGUUCAAGAGGAGUAAAAGCACAACGUCGGUGAUACUGAAAUAGUCCAUUAAAUCUGAACAAUGAAAACAUCCACAUGUGACCAAAUUUAUGCAUUUUCAGAUAGAUCAGAAGGCCCAUGAAACUCUUCUAUUGUCCAUGAAAAGAAUAAAAAGCACAUUCAUUUAAGUUUCAAAGCUUAGCUUGCACCUUGAUGAGAAGAAGGUAUUUUUUUCCACUCUGUAGAAAAGACUGUUUUGUACAAACUGAACUUCAGUGGUGGAUUAGGGUACAAAAAUAUUUGCUAUUAUGUGGAUGAACUGCUGCAUUUCUAUUUAUUAAGUGGUGGUGUAUGUUUGUCAGUGUAACCGAAUGAAGGAUACAAAUUCGAGUAUCUUUGCUUAUUUACUUCACGUGGAUAUCAUCAUUUGGGGGAAAAUCAAGAAGUACGAUACGUUUGUAGCUCUAUGAAAGUCCUGGAUGCUUUUGUAACUGGAGCAGUAUGACAAUGUACUGGUUUAACUAGUGCAUUUGUUUCUCCAUAAGCAACGCUGCCAAAUCAAUAAAAAAUACAGAUUUGUACUUUGAUCUUCAAUAGAUCAGUGGAUUGAUUUAACAGUAUCGCACUGUUCAGUGCAGGUGUUAUCUAUGUUGCCGGAAUGAUAAUACAUUACUGUACUUAAUUUACAGUUGUGGCACAAAACCUUAGUUUUUCCUCAGUAGAAUAACAUCAGCCUGUGUGUAAAACUAAGAAUUUUAGUAGUGCUAUCAGGAUGUUUAUAGUUUGAAUGUUUUCAACGCUUCUGCGAAAUUGCACAUAUUCCUUUGUCUACUUUGAUUUCCUAUGAAGUCUGUAAUAAUGAAAAGUAUCUUGUGUAAAUAUGUAUUCAUAAAUUGUUCCUGGUAGUGUUUUUAUCCUGAAUUUGGAACAAGAAGUUUUGCUAUAUAUGUGGCUGGUAAGCAGAAGAGAAAUGCUCUGCCCUCAGUCCUUGGAAGUCUCUGUAACUGCGCUUCCUGAAAUGUAGGAGGGCUGAUCUUUAUUGUUGGGUGGAGCUGUUUUAAUUCCCUCAUGAAUGCUCAGCAACGGGAGUGGCUUCUGAAGCACUUUAUAUGCAUUCCAGCGUAGUGUCAUAGCUAGAUAUGAUAGCAGUUCUUUCAGCUCAUGGAUGCUGCAGUAAUGGGAGCACUGAGAAAAUCUGCAUUAAGAAACUGUUCUAGCUGAAAGUGCCAAAUUGUGGUAGUGAAGCCUCUGUGCUGUGAGCAUCUUUUGAAUGUGACUUGAAUAUCUCAUGAAAUGCAAAUGUCUAACUUUCCUUUUAAACAUGCCUGUAAUUCUGACAGCAGAUUUUGCUGAAAGUUUAAUUCUGUACAUGAAGAUAAAUUUGUCUGUUCUUCAUAACUGAUAGCUCUACCCACCUCCUUGUAGCAGUGGGGUUUUUCUUUCUUCCUGCUCCUUUUCCAAUGUGUGAAUGGUUUGUGUUUUGGUUUCUUUUUCUUGUUGAAUUGUGGUGAGAGGAUUCUCCCCUAGAAACAGUGAUACUUUCCCUUACUGCAUUAUAGCUCUGUGAUUAAAGCAUCCGACCUCCUUCAAACAAA